AUGCCUCCACAGGCUCGGGCCACUCGUACGCGCCUUGCUGGCAACGAGAACGACGAGAACAGCGGUACGACGCGUCUUACAAGAGCCCAGGCUGCCGCUCUCAAGGUUGACGAGCUAUCACUGCCUGCUAAGGCUGCCCUCCAAACGAAGAAGUCCACAAUCAACGGUACUACCGCUGCUAACACGCGGAAACGCGCUGCGUUGGGCGAUGUCAGCAAUGUUGGAAAGACUGAUGGUCUUGCUGGAAAGAAGACAAAGGGCCUCGUCUCCAAGGCUGCCCAGCCCACCGGUAUUGAGAAGAAGACUGCGCGACCCACCACAAGACCUGCUCUUGGUUCCAAGCCAACCAACUCCAAGACCCAAGCCGGCCCUGGGGCUAUCAACAAGCGAAAGGUUCUUGGGGACACCGCCAACACCAAGCUAAAAGCCCCAGUCAACGAAAACGAGCAUCCCUCCAAGAAGCAGCACCUCCUUUCUGAGGACCGUGAAGAAUCAGAGACACCUGUUGAGGAGGUUGAGGUCGAGAAGCCCGAGAUCUCUUUAGACAAGGUCGACGUCCAGGACGCGCCAUUCGAGUACCCUCCCGGUGUCAAGGAUCUCGACAGCGAGGAUCUCGAGGACCCUCUUAUGGUUGCCGAGUAUGCCAACGAAAUUUUCGAGUACCUACGCGACCUCGAGUGCAAGUCGAUUCCCAACCCUGAGUACAUGUCCCACCAAGACGACCUCGAGUGGAAGACGCGCGGUAUUUUGGUUGACUGGCUCAUUGAGGUCCACACACGCUUCCAUCUCCUCCCUGAGACCCUUUUCCUCGCCGUUAAUGUUAUUGACCGCUUCUUGUCCGAGAAGGUCGUCCAGCUUGACCGUCUUCAGUUAGUGGGUAUCACUGCAAUGUUCAUCGCGUCCAAGUACGAGGAGGUCCUUUCUCCUCACGUCGAGAACUUCAAGCGCAUCGCCGACGAUGGUUUCAGUGAAGCUGAGAUCCUCAGCGCUGAGAGAUUUGUCCUUAGCACACUCAACUACGAUCUUAGCUACCCCAACCCCAUGAACUUCCUCCGCCGAGUCUCGAAGGCGGACAACUAUGACAUCCAGUCUCGUACCAUCGGCAAGUACUUGAUGGAGAUCGGUCUCCUCGACCACAGAUUUAUGGCCUACCGCCCUAGCCAUGUUGCUGCUGGCGCCAUGUACUUGGCGCGUCUCAUGCUUGAUCGCGGCGAAUGGGACGCCACUAUUGCCUACUACGCCGGUUACACUGAGGACGAGAUUGAGCCUGUUGUCCACCUCAUGGUCGAUUACCUCGCCCGUCCUGUCAUCCACGAGGCCUUUUUCAAGAAGUACGCUAGUAAGAAGUUCAUGAAGGCCUCCAUUCUUGCUCGUCAAUGGGCAAAGAAGAACGCUGUUCUCUUUGGCAUCACUGAUAUUGAUCUGAGCCUCGACCAAAUAUCAUAA